GUUCGCUUUUCAUGAUUUUUUUUUUCUCGCUCUUCAUGAUUUGAGAAGGAAAGAAGAUGGUGGACUGAAUUUCACAAAAACAAAAAAUGCAGUUCAUACUGCUGCUGGUCGCCUGUCUACAUUCUGCUGGCGGUGCAACUCACAGCUGGAAAGCCUAUUACGCUGCAACAACUGGAUUGAGUCAGUUUCCAGAGUUUGUGGCACUGAAUCUCAUUGAUGAUCAGUUGAUGGGAUACUUCGACAGCAAGACCAACCACUUUCAGAGCCAAUUUCAGUGGAUGGAAGAUAAUCUUGGGAAAGAAUAUGAAGAGCGUCAGACUAACAUUCUACUGGGCCAUACUGCAACAUUCAAGAACAACAUUCACAUUGCAAUGGAGCGCUUCAACCAAACACAAGGUGUGCACACAUUCCAGGAAAUGUACGGCUGUGAGUGGGAUGAUCAGACUGGAGCAAUAAAUGCAUUUAGACAGUACGGAUAUGAUGGAGAGGACUUCCUGACUCUGGAUUUUAAGCAGAUGAGAUGGACUACUCCAGUGUGGCAAGCAGUAAUCACCCUACAGAAGUGGAGCAAUGACAAAGGCUUUAUUGAAAGUGACAUGAAUUACUUCAGGUCUGAGUGCAUUGAGUGGCUGCAGAAGUAUCUGGAGUAUGGAAAGAGCAGUCUGAAUAAAACGGUCUCUCCUCAGGUGUCUCUGCUGCAGAAAUCUUCUUCUUCUCCAGUUGUGUGUCAUGUUACAGGCUUUUACCCCAGUGGAAUAAAGAUCUCCUGGCAGAAAAAUGGACAAGAUCAUGAUGAGGAUGUGGAGCUUGGUGAACUUCUACCCAAUGCAGACGGAACCUUCCAGAAGACCAGCACUCUCAAUGUUAUACCUGAAGAGUGGAAGAACAACAAGUUUAGAUGUGUGGUGGAGCAUCAGGGGGAAACCAGAGCAGCAGAUGAGACUAUCUUAACUAAUGAUGAUUCUCUUCCCAUUGGCUUGAUUGCUGGAGUUGUUGUUGCUCUGCUCCUUUUGGUUGUCAUUGGUGUAGCUGGAUAUAUGGUGUAUCACAAGAAAAAAGGCUUUAAACCAGCUCUGAUGAUGGAUCGAACAGCUCCGCUCAUGAAGUUCCACAAGCAUAAAGAUGAGACUGGAUGUGUGGGAGGGAUGAAGAUGAAGAAAUUAUGCUUGUCGCACUGUUGA